GGGCGCCUUUGGGGUUUGGCGGUAGUGACAAUGCCAGUUCCUCGCGGGCGAGUUGGAGUCGAAGGCGACUACCGAGUUAGACGAGCUGCCAGCCCUGGCUCAUCGUGUAGUGCCUAGUGAAACGAGAUGACGGGCUCGCGGCUGAGACCCGCGUACUUCGUGGGCCUCUUCCUGGCCCUUCUAGUCGUCGCCUUACAGGGAGUGCAAAGCGAAGAAGAGCUAGAGGUGCCGCCGGAGGAUCUAUGUCGACCGUACAUUGAGAAGGCGUUGAAGCACCUCGGUACAGGAUCUUUGGAGCAGACCAGUACCGAGGCGCGGACCGACGUGGAUAAAAGUCACGAAGAAGAAGGAGAAGAAGGUGAUGGAAAACCUGCGAGCGAAGAUGAUGCCGAGCCAGGAACCGAUGGUUCGAGAGAGGACGUGGCUACCGAGGAGGAGAAACAGGAGUCGGUAGAGGCCGAAGGUGCGGAUAGUACGGAACAAGGUGAAGAAGAGUCUGCUACCGCGUCCGCAGAGGCCGAGCAAAGCGCCGAGCAAAGCGCCGAGCAAAGCGCCGAGGCGGCUGAAACCGAAGAAGGUGAAGCUGAAAAGGCAGAAGAACAAUCUGCGGAAGCGGACGAAGGAACCGAGGAAGAGAAGGAAUCCGUGGAGAACGUAGAAGGUGCCGCAGACUCGGAGCAAGAUGGAACCGAAGAGGAGAAGUCUGGCGAGGAACCGCAGGUGGACGAUGAGAAAUCUGACGAAGAAGCUCAGACCGAGGAUGGAAAAUCCGACGAGGAAGCGCAGGCUGACGAGCAAUCUGCCGAAGAAGCGAAACUCGACGAGGAGAAAUCCGACGAAGCCAAGACCGAGGAAGAAGAGACGGAAGAAGUAACGGAUGCUGCGUCUAAAGAGGAUGAUACCGAAGAUAGCAAGGCGGAAGAGGAGACUCAGUCCCAGGAACAACCUUUAAGCGAAGAAGAAGAAGGAAAAGAAGAGUCAGAAGGUCAAGAGGAGAGUGCAGAGGGUCAAGUAGUAGAAGAAGAAGUAAAAGAAAGCGAAGAGGCUGCAAAAUCAACAGAGGAUGCGACUGAAGAAGAGAGGGACGUUAAAUCAGCCGAAGAAGCCGGAGAAGAAAGCAAAUCCGCGGAAGAGGAAGGAAAAUCUAGGGAGGAAGCAAAGUCGGAUGAAGAGGAAGCAAAAUCUCGUGCCAGACGGGAAGUAGGUGAAGAAGAUGCUAACGAAGCUUCUGAAGAAACAGCUGAAAGCGAAGAGGAAGAAGAACCUACCCCCGAGGAAGACCUGAUUCAAGAAAUCGAAGUACCAGAGAACCUGCGACCACGCGAGCACAUUAAUCAAUUACUGAAGCUGGACGAAGAGAACGAAGACAAAGAACGAGCUAUUGAAAAGAUCGCAGAUGUUAUUCUGAAGGAUUUGAAGAAGGUCUACGACAACGCUAUACAGCCGUUGGAAUCGUUGUAUAAAUACAGAGACUUGAGCAACAGGCACUUUGGUGAUCCAGAAAUCUUCUCCAAGCCGCUGAUACUGUUCAUGGGUCCGUGGAGCGGUGGGAAAUCUUCCAUUAUAAAUUACUUGCUCGACAUAGAGUACAAACAGACAUCGUUAAGGACAGGUGGUUUGAGAGAGUGCUUAGAGGAGCAAUGCAAAACGGCAAAUGGAAAUGACACAGGAGCCGAGCCAUCUCCGGCGUACUUCAAUAUUCUAAUGCACGGCGAGGAAGAGGAGAUCCUUGAUGGCACCCAACUCGCCGCUGACUGGACGUUCUCGGGAUUGCAAAAGUUCGGCCAGGGUUUGCUCGAUCGUCUCAAGGGUUUACGACUCGACGACAAGCUGCUUAAAAAAGUGAACAUCGUGGAGAUACCGGGGAUCCUAGAAAUCCGAAAGCAAGUCCAACGUUUGUUCCCGUUUAACGAUGCGUGUCAGUGGUUCAUCGACCGUGCAGACAUCAUAUUUUUAGUCUACGACCCGUCGAAAUUAGACGUUGGGCCAGAAACAGAGGCGAUCCUUGACCAACUUAAAGGAAGGGAGCAUCAGACGCGCAUCAUUCUUAACAAAGCUGAUCAAGUGAAACCAGAAGAACUGAUGAGAGUGCAAGGCGCUUUAAUCUGGAACAUAUCACCGCUGAUGUCCAGCGCCGAACCACCUGUUAUGUACUCAGCAUCGUUGUGGUCCUUGCCGUACGAGGCUGGUGCCCCGACCAGAUUACUCUACGCUCAGGAACGUGCAUUCCUUCGAGAUCUGAGAACUGCCAUUGACAAGCGUGUUGAGCACAAAAUAGCGAGCGCCAGAAGAUUCGCUGUACGAGUGCGCAAUCACGCUAAAAUGGUAGACUGUUAUCUGACCACCUACUACAACCACAAGACGUUCUUUGCAAACAAGAAGGAGAUCAGUGAUAAGAUCAUCGAGAAUCCACAGGAUUACCACAUCUACGAGGGACUUAGCACCCUUAAAAACAUAUCGCGUUACGAUUUGCCUGAUCCAGAUGUUUACCGAGACUUCUUCCGGCUAAAUCCUCUUUACGACUUCCCUCUAUUGAGCUCCACAUGCACCUACUUCCGUGGAUGUCCGAUCAACAGACUCGACGUGGCGAUCGCCUACGAUUUACCAGAGCUCGUCGGUAAAUACAGGAAGUCUGUGGAACAAGUGAUUCAUGAAUACGAAACAAAUCCUUCUAGUUGAGUACUGGAAGACGAGUACUGAAACAGAGCUCUUGAUACCUGACACACCGAGGUGUGCAGUGGGAGCAAAAAUAAAAACUAUAAAGAAAGAGCGACAAGGAAAUGUUGUUUCUUGUUUCUCUCUCUCUCUCUCUCUGUCUACUAUAAAACAACAAUAAAGUAGGAUUGGAUUGCCCUUAGGUGAACAGAAAAUCUAACCGGCUCCUAAAACAAUACAGAAGAUUUUUAGAAGACUUUAAACAGAACUCUCCUGAAAUUUGCACCAACAUAUUUAGACCAGUUUAAUUGAAGGGUAAAAGAGAAGAGAUAAAGAUACACUGGUUGGUUUCUUCCAUAGGUAAGCAAUGGAUAUUAGUGACGCUAUGAAACAAACUAUUUGAUCAUCGUAUGCUUAACAUACUUUUUAAGUGUAUCAGUGGAUUGGAAUGUCAAAGGCUUUUUUCUCAAGAUAAUACUUGUGUUUGGAGGACAGUACGAGUGUUACCAUUCCAAUCUAAAUAAAAGAAAAUUAAAAAAAAAAAAAAAAAAAUAUAGUGAGUUUCCUUUGAAUGUGUUCAAACGCAACUUUGAU